AUGGGCCUCACCCCUGCCGCGGGCGGGGAGAGCAGGCACCGCCUCUCUCGCUUCCCCCGGCCCCGCCCCUCGAGCCUCAGGGAGAAGCCGGUAGUGAACUUGGAGACCACACCCAAGCAGAAAAGAGCAGAGUCCAAUUCAACCCCGAAGCCUGAGAGCGCUGGGAAGUUAACACAGCAAGCCGCUGAGCUCACCCCAUCUGGCUCCCCGUCCUUGGCCACGCCUUUGAUAGAUGCUGACGCCGAGGCCUCGGAGGCAAGCAGCUGGACCCGCAUCUUAGAGCGAGCCAGGGCUCUGCCCCGCUGUCCCUCGCAGCUUUCCAGCUUCUGCUCAUCUUGGGCUCUAGGUGAGGAAUUCGAGGCCGGCAGCAUCACUUCCAUCUUCAGGAACCGUGCCGUCGUGAAGUACAGUCGUCUGGAGGACGUGCUGCACGGCUGCUCCUGGAAGGUCAACAACAAGCUGGACGGGACAUACCUGCCGCUGCCCGUGGACCAGAUCAUCCAGCGCACAAAAGGGAUGGUCAACAAGAUAGUGCAGUACAGCCUGAUCGAGGGGAACUGUGAGCACUUUGUCAAUGACCUCAGAUACGGUGUGCCCAGGAGCCAGCAGGUAGAGCACGCGCUGAUGGAAGGCACCAAGGCUGUGGGCGCGGUCAUCUCCGCGGUGGUGGAGAGCAUAAGGCCCAAGCCUGUAACUGCCUGAAGGCGCUCGGACUCCCAGCAGAGGAAGAAAUGCUGCCAUCCGCAAGGACCAUGUGCCUCCUUGCCUCCCCUUGCCUUCUCUCUCCAUAGCCCGACUCGAGAAAACUGUGAGCUUCUGGAAGAAUCUAGAAUGUAUCCAAUUACCCCUCCAGAAAUACAUCCAAUAUAUGUGAUCACAGAUCCGAGGACUCUCGUGGUGAGAAGAAGCGAAUAUUUAUUAGUACGCAUCCGUAGAGGCCAGGCAUGGUGCUAGGCCUUUCACAGGCUCCUUAUCUCCCUCCCUGUGGGAAGGGCCUUGCUUGUUUCUCAUGCUGACUCUGGUCUGUGAUUUUUGAAUCCCAACUAAGCCAUCUGGGAAACCUCUGCUGGAACAUUCCCAGGAACGGAGAGCUCUUUUUCAGAAGUUCCUAUUCUUGAAUGUCUCUGGCUUUUUUGCAUUCACGCGAACUCUGCUCUUUCUGACCCGCACUGCUGUGCGGGGGAGGAGACUUGAUGGAAACUCAGUAUUUGCUAUUCAAGGCCAUCUGUGCUUAAUCCAAAAUCACAGGCCGGCCUCACUCUUUGUUGCUUAACACCCUCUGCUUUAAAGUCUAAUCAACAUCUACUUGGCUUUUCUACUUGAGAAUCAUCAGAAGAUUUGAAACUGUUAUUUUCACUGAUUUCAGAUGAAUAUUUAAAAUAAUUUCCUCACUGGACUUCUGUGCUCAUGAGGGAGAGGAAGGAGCGAUUUUUGUGUGUUGACCGCUGUUGGCAUGAUGGCAGAUCUAGAAUUAUGACCAGGGGUGGUUGGUGCCCGUUGAGAGCUGAAGGCAUCCGGGAAGGGACUCUCAGAAUGGCUAGGAACCGGGGCGCCUGGGUGGCUCAGUUGCUUAAGUGUCUGCCUUCAGCUCAGGUCAUGAUCUCGGGGUCCUGGGAUCGAGCCCCGCAUCAGGCUCCCUGCUAUGCGGGGAGUCUGCUUCUCCCUCUCCUUCUGCUGCCCCCCCACUUGUGCAUGCGCACACUCUCUCUCUCUGUCAAAUAAACAAAUAAAAUCUUUAAAAAAAAAAAAAAAAGAAUGGCUAGGAACAAGCACAGGAUGGAGAUCCCAGAGCAUUUCACACGAGCUCUGUUAGGAUCGCCCAUGAGCCUUUCUCCUAUUUGGACAAAGCAGACCCUGAGUGAA